AUGCGCGUAGCCCCUGUUGCAGGCUCCGUUCCGGUGGAGAUUUCAACUGUUAUCAGGCUUCCUCCUCCGCCGUCUGUCGACGUGACGUACCCGGGCACGACCGACUACUUCUGGGGCACGAUCGAGCAGAACACGACGGCGGUGCCGGCCGGAGGCUCCUUCAGCACUGGCGGCGGACCGUUCGGGUUUCUCACCUCUGUCAUCCUGCCGGGCGACUCCUGUAUGGCGCACAAGGGCUUUGCCAAGCCUGGAGAUACGUGCGUCUCCGACCCGGCCACCUGUGAGGAAGGCCUGUCCUUCAGUCUGUGGGAGAAGACCAUCUACGUUGAAGAUGUGUUCGCCGACCGGGAGAGUCUGCAGCUCCGUUACCUUCUCAGCACAGGCGGCGACAUCAAGGGCUCUCCUGGUAUAGCAGUUUACCUUCAGGGCAUGUACUUGGGGGCGCUUGUGUCGACUGGGAGCAAAUACUGGCUCGUAGAGACUGUCGGCCUGCUGCCAAACAACACGUGGAAUAAUAUUGGAAUCCGAUGGAGGCCGCCCUCCACGGACGGCGGGGAGGUGGGCUGUCACAAGGCCUCGGGUGACGCCGACUACCGGCACUUCUGUCCCUGCGAGUUUGACGAGAUCGCCAUGUGGAAGAGGGCGCUUCUCGCCAACGAGUCCAUGUUCUUCCUGGGUGGCUUCGAGGCCAACUUUUCGAAGGUGUCGGCCGCCGAGUUUGCCGACAUGCUGGUCGACGUCGACCUCACUGACCCCGACCAGCAGUCGGUGGCCGUGACGCUCGUUAAAAAGAUGGCGGACGCGCCGGAAGAGGAGACGAAGGACGAGCUUGGGCUUGGGAGCCCGUCGACCGCCGAAAGCGAGCAGGAGACUGAGGAAGAAGAGGAAGAGGAGGAGCCGGAGGGAACGACCUCGCCUGCGCAGUCAGCUUCAGGUGGGGCUCCGGCGGCCAGCAAGUCCGAGAUCCAGCAGAUGCAGGUGCUGGCCGGUAUGGUGUUUACAAUGACGGAGUCCGAGAAUAUCAAGCCGAACCAGACGAAGGAGGAGUUGGACUCAUUCCUGAAUCUUCUCAGUCUGGCAUCGAAGCUUCUGGAAGAGGAGAACGCCGCUAAAUGGAACGGGAUAGAAAUGAAGAACGACAGGAAGAAACCCGAUCCCAAAAACCCUAAAAAGAAGAUCGUGAGAGACAGAGAGGCGGUCGACAUGGUCAACCGGCUGGAGGAGUGGGCCAUGGAAUCGGUGGCAAACGUCGUGUCCGACAACAGCAGCGACACGGAUCUGCUAGUGCACAAGCGAACCGACAACGUGGACCUGUACGUGCAGCAGAACAGCUUGGACGCCUUCCGGCGUCGCCAGGUGGCGCUCUUUCCCAGUGACCAGGUCCGGCGGCUGGACAGCAUUGAAGUGCCGACUGUGGUAUUCCGAAAGCCAGGCUGUGACGAGGCCACCAUCAGCACCGUAUUCACCAAGUACGACAGCUACGGCGCCGUGUCACCCAAGCGCUUCAUGCGGCGGCAGUUCAAGACGCGGCAGGCCCAGUACCUGGACAUCGAUAGCGCGGUGCUGUCGCUGCGCGUGAAGACGCUGCGGGGUCAGGCGGAGGUGGACGAGUGCCUGCCGACGAUCGAUGACUUCCGUAGCUCGCCGGUCCGCGCCACGCUCGGCCACAAGCAGCCUAAGCAGACCCUGCGGCAGCCGCUCUUCCACGAGGACGAGAUCGUCAGUGACGUGCUCCGACGCCACUGCGUCUGGUGGAACGAGGGCAGCAUGCGGGGGCUUGGCGCCUGGGACCCCACCGGAUGUGUCGUCCUCGAGAGUGAUGACUUCUUCACCAAGUGCGCGUGCAAAGCGCUCGGCCAGUACGCCGUGGUCGCCGAGAAGGUUGAACCGAAAAUUGUCGACAUCGACAACACAUGGCUGAUCCUCAUCAAGACUGUCUUCCACACGAUAUCGAUAGCCCUGCUCCUGGUGUAUGCAGUCCUGGUGUUCAAAUCCGACCAGCUGUGGGAGAUGUUCCACCAGAUGCGGAUGACGACGGCGCUGCUCCUGCUGGCCGGUGCCUUCUUCAUGUGCAUGUCGGACCUGGACUCCGUGCGCGCCGACCGCCACCACUGCACCACCAUCGCCGCCUUCCUGCAGUUGUGCUACCUGGCCGUCGGGGUGAUGGUCGCGUGCGAGGGCUACGCCUGCUUCCGCGCGCUGACGGUCGGCGUGGUGGGCGGCAAGCUGCGCUCCUACCUCUGCAUAUCCUUCGGUGUGUCGCUGAUCUCACUGGGCUACGCGCUGGCCACCGAGUCCCACCGCUACGGCGACGACCCGCAGUGCAUGAUGGGCUGGGAGACGGACGUCAAGCUCAUCUUCUUCUCGCCCAUGAUGCUGUGCUUGGUGUUCAUCGCGCUGUCGGUGGUGCUCAUCAUGUGCAACAUGGGUACGCCGCAGCUGCGCAAGGAGAACAUCAUCGUCGACCAGGAGUCGGUGUGCAUUGGCUACAACUUCUUCUCCUUCUACUUCAUGGCGACUUGGGUGGCCGGUCUGCUGGCCUACGUCAGGCUGGAUGCUGAAGGUCUGCCCAGCUUCUACCCCCUGUUCCAGUUCAUGAACGCGGCCUGCGGCAUGGUCUUCUUCAUCUGCCAGGGCAUGCUGUCGCGUCGCUUCCGCAUGAUCAUCACGUGCCGCGGCCACGAGCGACGCCGCAUGCUCGUCGCCUACACCGUGCACGAGGACGAGUCGGACGUCACCGAGUCGCGCGAGACAUCCGACGACGAGUCGGACUCACAGGACGACGGCGAGUCGGACGUCUCGGACUGCGGCCCCGAGUCGGGCCGGGCCGGGUCGCCCGCCGCGCCCGACUCGCAGCCGAAGCCAGAGGCGCUGUCACAACUGAGAGAUGAGCAGCAGCCGGAGCCGGAUGCGCACCCGGAACCGGAGCCAGAGCCGGAACAGGAGGCGCAGCCCUUCGCUACCAGCGGCCAGUAG